GUUGUUUCUCUAUGUUUUAGACGGGAUAAACAGGGAAGAUACGGGGCGUAUUACUUAUGAAAAGAACCGGUACGGGCGCAGACCCACUAAUCAUCGUGCAGGGCGGAGAAGUCGAAAAGAUACAAAAAGUUACCUCUCCGGUUUCCCUUACAUGUAUUAUUAGCUUUGGAUCUCAUUUUUUCAUGCAUCGAGAUCAAACCAAGAGGAAAAAUCAGCAACAUGACUAACGAGGCAACAGCAUCGUCCGCUAUAACAGAAACAGCAGCAGUAGAGGAAGAUGCUACUAAUAUGUGGUAUUUAGCGAUUGGCAGCAUGAUGUUACCCCAUUCGUACGAUAAUCGGCACUUCUACCCUCAAAAAAGCCACCCAGGGGAAUUGUUCGAUUUUCGACUGGGAUUUUUCUCGUCGCAGGGGUUUGCGGAAGCGAUUCCCUCUCCAGGUGACUCGCUACACGGAGUGAUGCAUCGAGUGACUGCGGAGCAAAUGCGUGAAUUGGACAAGAUAGAAGUCGGCUAUGUCAGACGGAUUGGAAAAGCAAGGCCGUACGGAAACGGAAGUGACGGCCAGCAGGAACUUGUGGAUGUCACAGUCUACUGCCGACCUGACGGCACCAAUAAUAAUGAAGACGAUAACAAGCCGCCGAAGGAGCGAUAUAUUGGGAUAAUGAUUGCCGGAGCAAAGCAUUUUGGUGUGGACCCCAGCUAUGUUGAAUAUUUGGAAAAGCACGAUUUUCAACCCAGGACGCCGCCCAGUGAAUUCAAAGCAUUUGAAGACCCAAGCGAUAAAAGUAUGGAAUACGCACAAGUACCGGCUUCGCCAGGUGUCAACGGGGAACUCUUCUUUUCGGUAAACGGGAAGGUGCUGCAAUUGUCCCAUCCCCCGGAUAGUCUCCUCGGUACUUUUCUGAAGGAUGCACAAACAAAAUAUGGUCCACACCUGGAGGUUGUCUGGUCUCAAACAUUUUUUGACGCAAAGUAUGGAGUUGUGAAGGAUUUCAAAGAUUGCACCCAAGAACACAGUGCCUACAUUGAAGAUAUGCACUACCGCCAUACAGAACAGCACAACGAGCUGCAGUAUUGCAAAGUGAUUGGCAAAUUUUCACCCACCUCAUGCUAGCUAAAAUCUGCCACAUAGUCUACUAGUGGUGUUGCCCACUCUCUCACUCGUCCUUUCACAUCCAGCCACUCUGCCAUUCCGUCUACAGGGAGAAGGGUGCUCGAGCGACCCCAACCAGCUACAGACAUCUCUGCCGGAAAACAUACAUUGCUUGACAAAUCGCGGAGAUAGGACAAAGCAAUGGAGAUCAGUUCCCCCAUGUCAUGGCCGAGUGAUUGGCUGCGAAGAUAGAUAGAUAGUUAUCCCCGUCAACUUCUUUUCAAGGUGUAAUAAGCGUAUAGUUUGGUCACUAUUUUAAAAA